GCCUGGUGUGAGCUGCCGAGAGGCGUAGCAGCGACCAGAGAGGCUGCGCUGGGGCGGGCCGAGCCAGCGUUCUCCCCGGCCUUCGCUGGCAGUGAGCGGGACGGGGACCCGGGGCAAUGAGCCGCCUCCCCCUCACCUUUAAAGCCACUGGAUUUUGUCGGCCUGGGUUGAAUGCAGAAUUUCUUCAACGAGUCUAUUAAGAAUACCACACAAGAUGGACAGCAUCAGUGACAGUCUUACACAGGAAAACAUCCCAUGCCUUUCCAUCAGUGUCUACCAUCCGGGAGAUAAGGAAGAAGAUGUUUUCAGCUUUAUCACAUUCAAUGAGCCGCAGACGUAUGAAGCUUAUGAGAUAGUGACUUUCGGUAGGAAGAACACUUGCAACUUCCAACUAAAGCACGAACGAGCUUCUCGGUUGCAGUUCCAGCUUGAAGCGUUGGUCGGGGCGAACUGUUCAGAUCUUCAGUUUGAGAUUAAAAACCUGAGCAACCGAUUUGCGCUUUAUAUCAAUGGUAAUAAGCUGAGCUACCUACAAAAACAGCUCCUGCCUUGCCAAUCUGUCAUCCAGUUCACUGAAUUUCAGUUUCUUCUGGAACAUGCCGGGGGUGAUUCAGUCUCUAAGUUUCAAGUUGUGAUUCAGAAGGGCACCCCUUUACCUCAUCUAAAUAUGGACGCCAGGUAUCCUCGGUCUGAAGCACAUUUUUCUAAGUGCCAGCACGAUCCACGUGAACCGAUAGAAGUUGAUGAAGAUCUCAACCAAUACAUGCUUUCAUAAUAAUGAGACAUUAUAUAUGUUUUUGAAGUUUACUGCAGUCAUCUUUAAUUUUGCCCAUAUUUUUAUCCCCAUUGAGUGUGACAAAGGAAAGUUGCAAAAAACCAUGAUCGAAUGGUGAGCAAACUCAAAGGACCGAAUGGCCUAAUUCUACUCCUUUGCUCAAAUGAAACAGUUGAAUUAUGUUACUCUUUUGCAUGGUAUAGCUCAAAAAGAAAGAGCGUUACUGAAAUCAGCAAAAUGUAAUCACCAGACUGAUUCCUGGGAUGUCCGGACUUUCAUAUGAAGAAAGACUGGAUAGACUCGGUUUGUACUCGCUAGAAUUUAGAAGAUUGAGGGGGAUCUUAUAGAAACUUACAAAAUUCUUAAGGGGUUGGACCGGCUAGAUGCAGGAAGAUUGUUCCCGAUGUUGGGGACGUCCAGAACAAGGGGUCACAGUUUAAGGAUAAGGGGGAAAUCUUUUAGGACCGAGAUGAGGAAAACUUUUUUCACACAGAGAGUGGUGAAUCUCUGGAAUUCUCUGCCGCAGAAGGUAGUUGAGGCCAGUUCAUUGGCUAUAUUUAAGAGGGAGUUAGAUGUGGCCCUUGUGGCUAAAGGGAUCAGGGGGUAUGGAGAGAAGGAAGGAACAGGAUACUGAGUUGGAUGAUCAGCCAUGAUCAUAUUGAAUGGCGGUGCAGGCUCGAAUGGCCUACUCCUGCACCUAUUUUCUAUGUUUCUAAAGCCAAAGUUCAUAAGUUCUCAGAGCAGAAUUAGGCCAUUCGGCCCAUCAAGUCUACACCCCCAUUCAAUCAUGGCAGAUCUAUCUUUCCCUUUCAACCCCAUUCUCCUGCUGUCUCCCCAUAACCUGACACACUUACUAAUCUAGAAUCUGUCAAUCUGAGCCUUACAAAUUCCCAAUGACUUGACCUCUACAGUCAUCUGCGGUAGUGAAUUCCACAGAUUCCACCCUCUGACUAAAGAAAUUCCUCCUCAUCUCCUUUCUAAAGGUAAGUCAUUUUAUUCUGAAGCUAUGGCCUCUGGUCCUAGGCUCUCCCACAAGUGGAAACAUCCUCUCCAAAUCCACUCUAGGCCUAAAAUAGUAACAGAUUUUAUUAUACCUUUACAAAUUUAUUGUGAAUUUUUUAAAGAUGGUUUGUAGGCCUCUUGAGCAUUAAAGUAGCUUUAUAUUUGCUAAGGAGGUAAACUAAGAAGCUUAAUGUGUAAAAGAUCAUCGACAUUAUAGAAUUAACCAGAUUCAUUAUAAUUUACAUGGACUGCCUUUAAUGUCUGUCUGUUUACUGUUAUUUUAGUUCAUGCUAGUAAUCUUUUCAAUAGGUUUUCACCUACACUUGGCUGUUUGACCUUGUAAUGUUGCAGUAUUUUUGUAUGUUUUCUUUUCAUUUCCACUAAGCUUUAUGGAAAGUUAUAUUAAACAAGCAGUACAUAGAUAUUAUCAUUACUAAAUGGUCCUGAGUAAGACUAUAUAAGACGUUGGUGAGACAGCAUUUAGAAUAUUGUGUUCAGUUCUGGGCACCAUGUUAUAGGAAAUAAAUUGUCAAGCUUGAAAGGGUUCAGAAAAGAUUUACGAGGGUUUUGCCAGGACUAGUGUUUGUGAGCUAUAGGGAGAGGUUGAGUAGGCUGGGUCUCUACUCAAUGGAGCGCAGGAGGAUGAGGGAGGAUCUUAUAGAGGUGUACAAAAUCAUGAGAGGAAUUGAUCGGGUAAAUGCACAGAGUCUCUUGCCCAGAGUAGGGGAAUCGAGGACCAGAGGACAUAGGUUCAAGGUGAAGGGGAAAAGAUUUAAUAGGAAUCCGAGGGGUAACUUUUUCACACAAAGGGUGGUUGGUGCAUGGAACAAGCUGCCAGAGGAGGUAGUUGAGGCUGGGACUAUUCCCAUCGUUUAAGAAACAGUUAGCCAGGUACAUGGAUAGGACAGGUUUGGAGGGAUAUGGAAAAUGCGCAGGCAGGCGGGACUAGUGUAGCUGGGACAUUGUUGGCCAGUGUGGGCAAGUAGGGCCGAAGGGCCUGUUUCCACACAGUAUCACUCUAUGAUUAGCCAGGCCCUGUGUCUGUUCUGGUUUUGAUAACGUGGAAGAGAAGCGUGUAGUGGGGGAAGAUGGGGAAAGAUGGAAAUGAGCGCAAUUAUCCCCGGUUUGAAAGAUCUGACAGACUGUAGAAACAAAGGCUUUCCGUUCCCAUUCAGAUGAUUUUGUGUAAAAUGAUUAGGGAAUUAUUUUAUAUAUUUAAAGUCGAUAAGUAGCUCACUGUGGGAGCUGCCUACAUGCUAUUGAUUUAAAUUAAUUUAAAUAUACUGAGUGAUGCCUUUAAGAGGCCUAAUCCAUACAUCAGUUAUCGAGUCCAGUCAUUUCAUAGAAUCAAACAGCGGGAAAACAGGCCCAACUUACCCAUGUCAAGAUGCCCCAUCUACACAAGUCCCACCUGCCCGCAGAAGAUCAUUGAGACACAACUACCAGCCUUGGAGGGCAUCUACCACACACGGUGCCUCAGGAAGGCCGUCAGCAUCCAUAAAGACUCCUCACACCCUUAUAAUGGACUGUUCGAACUACUACCCUCCGGCAGACGUUACAAGGCCUUCUAAGCCCGAACCUCCAGACUCAGGAACA